AUGGCGGAAUCAAGUACGGUUGCGUCGAAUGCCCCCAUGGAGACUUGGAAGAAAGUCGCCAUUGGUGUCGGUGGCAUUGGUGCCCUGGCAGCCGCGAUUCUGCUCCCGCUCCUUCUGUUGAGGGAUUCGAGCGAAACUACUUCCACUCCAUCGCUUGCGCCAUCACUCCAACCCAGCACUUUGGUUCCUACCACAAACCCGUCUUUCAAUCCGACGACUAUACAACCGACGACAGCUCCAAGUUCGUCACCAACGGACAAGCCAACAUUCGAGCCCACGACAGUGGCGCCUACUUCGCCUCCAACUACUCUGAUCUAUUCAUUCGGAGGAGCCACAGAAACUGCUUGUCCUGACCUCACACUAACACUCAAUGUCACCACCAACUCCUCUACCACCAACUCCACCUUCAAUUCUACUAGUACUACCAUCAUCUCGAGCAACAGUUCCACUUGGAUUCAAAUUGCGGACGACAUCUACGGCGAGAACGCCCUUGACUUUUCGGGUGCAGCUCUGGCCGUAUCCGCUAAUGGCAGAAUCAUUGCUGUCUCUUCCACUGAGAAUGAUGGCAAUGGCCGAAACUCAGGCAGUGUUCGCGUGUACAUGUACAACUAUACCUAUGGAGAUUUCGUCCAACUAGGACAAGAGAUUGACGGUGAAAACGAAGGAGAUUGGUCUGGCGAAUCACUGGCUUUGGACGCCAGGGGGUAUCGCCUAGCCGUUGGAGCUGGCUGGAAUGAUGGCGUCAAGGGAGAGGAUUCUGGCCAUGUUCGUGUCUUCGACUACUCCGAGAAGACAGAUUCGUGGGAUCUGACUGAUUCCGAUCUGGAUGGUCCCAACGAGGGUGUCGAAUUUGGAAAGUCGGUCUCCCUGUCGGCGGAUGGAAAUCGCCUUUUGGUAGGUGCCUCACACUGUAGAGGAGAUGCAAACAUGACAAGGUUGGGUUGUGCAUUCCUCUUCGACUUUGUCAAUGGUUCGUGGUCGCUCUUUGGCCAAAUGGAAGGCGAAGCUGAAGGAGACGAGUUUGGAACAACUGUCGAGUUGUCUGCUGAUGGACUAUCUUUGGCCAUUGGGGCCUACAGGCACGAUGUUAUAAAUGGCACAGAUGCGGGACAAGUUGCACUCUAUGCCUUCAACUCUAGCACUGACGCCUUUGAAUCCAACGGCGUCAUCGAGGGUGUUCUCCCGGGCGAAUGGGCUGGCAUGGCAUUUUCGCUGUCUGAAAGUGGCCAUCGCGUUGCCGUCGGGUGCCAUGAUAGAGAGAUUGUUCCAGUCCCUGGCUUUACUCGCGUUUACGAGCGGAUAGAUGGCGAUUGGGUCCAAUUGGGGACCAGCGAUCUUACAGGGGGCUUCUCGGUCUCUCUGUCCAGCGAUGGGUCUCGUGUGGCCAUUGGAGACCACCGUGGCCGCUAUGCUGGCGCAAACUCGGGCCAUGUCUUUGUCUAUGACUUCAACGAGGAAACCUUUGAAUGGGAAAUCGUUGGAACGACAAUCCAUGGCAAUCCGCAGGAAAUGGCAGGGAUUGGUGUUUCCAUGACUGCCGAUGGCAUGAGGAUAGCUGUCACCGCUCCUCUUGCGAGCAACCAACGAAACGGUGCGUCGCAGGUUGGUGCAACCCGUGUCUACGACUUAUGUUGA